AGCCCCUCCCGACUUAUGUAUAUAAAAGAGGCGCUCUGACCUCCCUCAGACAUUGACUCUUGGGAAUCUCUGGAACAAGACUUCACUGACUUCAAGCGACACCUUUGGACCUUGUUCCUUUUUUGAUUUGGGACGACUUAGCAAGAAGACAUGGUGUCUGCCGGCUUUCAGAUGAUGGGCACUGCCCUCUGCAUUAUUGGCUGGAUCGGGGUCAUCAUAGUCUGCGCCCUCCCCAUGUGGAAGGUCACCGCUUUCAUCGGGGCCAACAUCAUCACGGCGCAGACCAUCUGGCAGGGCAUGUGGAUGAACUGCGUGGUGCAGAGCACGGGCCAGAUGCAGUGCAAGGUGUACGACUCCAUGCUGGCGCUGCCCCAAGACCUGCAGGCCGGCCGCGCCAUGGUCAUCAUCUCCAUCCUGACGGGGGUCGUCGGGGUGUUCUUGUCGAUCGCCGGCGGGAAAUGCACCAACUGCAUCGAGGAUGAGCAAGCCAAGGCGAAGGCCUGCAUCCUGGCUGGCGUCCUGUUCAUCGUCUCGGGUCUGCUCUGUCUCAUUCCCGUGUCCUGGUCCGCCAACAGCAUCAUCACCAACUUCUACAACCCGCUGCUCAUCGAAGCCCAGCGGUACGAGCUGGGGGCGGCGCUUUAUAUCGGCUGGGCCGCCUCUGCACUGCUGCUUAUGGGAGGGGGGCUGAUGUGUUGGAACUGCCCGCCCAAACACGAGCACCCCCACUACGCGUCCAAUUUCAGACACGUGAAGUCGGUCGCCACAUCAAGGGAAUACGUGUAAGAUGGUCAGCGCAUCCUGACAUGGACUCUUGAGGUCACGGGAGUUGCAACCGAGGGAAAUGAUUUCAAAAUAAAUUAACGUAUAUUCACCGGCAAUGUAGAUAUAGCAUGAAAUCACAUGCUUGCCACAGGCUUGACACCUGAGCUUUGAUUGCUGUUGUUGCUUUGAUAGCCUGUGUGUCAAAGGGACCUUUCUCCCAGCGGACAUGUCGUCUUUGUCACGCGAGUGUAGCCGACAGCACAAACAAGGACUGCAUCCCGUUUGGUUGAGCCAGAGGGGCCCGGACAUUGUGCCCUUUGGUUUACUGUCGCACCUUCAUGGAUCGGAUCAUCCAUGUGAACUUCUCCUGCUGCAAUGAGAAACCGUGUUUGCUGUGAAAACAGUCCGUCUGACACCCAAAACAGGAAGUUGGCUUUUGUCCUUGCCUGACAUUGUCAUUUUAAAAUGGAAGAGCCUUUUAAAGGAACGUUGAAUCCAUGCUGUUUUGUUUUUUGACUAGGAUUUAAAUUAUGAUCAUAAUAAUUUUUUGUAAAUAUUUUGUCAGUUAUGAUGGUAACAGGACAAAAAGGCAAACAUACUACAUGCAGGCAUCUGUCUCAAAGAGAAGUGUCA